UUGGUCACGACUGUGCCUAAGGUCUUGCCGGACAUCCUGUUUGCAUUCAUCCCCUACACGUUCGUUCUUGCCAUCUUUGGCGCCUUCGUCGUCUGGAAUGGUGGGAUCGUAUUGGCCGCUACAUUCUUUGGAUGGCCGACUCUCAUUUCUGGCCCAGGGGGUCCAAUGGAGUUGUUCUCAAGCCUGCGGGCACGCAUGUUUGGCAGCAAAAUGUUUGCCGUGAGCAAACACUGA